GACGGCUGUUCUCAGUGAAGGGCCUUGCACCCGCUCCUGAGCAGCGGCCAUGGGCCUGCUCUCCUUCCUGAAGACGCAGUUCGUGGUGCACCUGCUCAUUGGGUUUGUCUUCGUGGUGAGCGGGCUGGUCAUCAACUUCACCCAGCUAUGCACGCUGGCCCUGUGGCCCAUCAACAAGCAGCUGUACCGCCGGCUGAACUGCCGCCUCGCCUACUCACUCUGGAGCCAGUUGGUCAUGCUUCUGGAGUGGUGGUCCUGCACCGAGUGCACCCUGUUUACGGACCAGGCCACAGUGGACCGCUUUGGGAAGGAGCAUGUGGUCAUCAUUCUCAACCACAACUUCGAAAUCGACUUCCUCUGUGGAUGGACCAUGUGUGAGCGGUUCGGCGUGCUGGGGAGUUCCAAAGUCCUCGCCAAGAAGGAGCUGCUCUACGUGCCCCUCAUCGGGUGGACGUGGUACUUCCUGGAGAUUGUGUUCUGCAAGCGGAAGUGGGAGGAGGACCGGGACACUGUCAUCGAAGGUCUGAAGCGCCUGUCCGACUACCCCGAGUACAUGUGGUUCCUCCUGUACUGCGAGGGCACACGCUUCACAGAGACCAAGCACCGCGUCAGUAUGGAGGUGGCCGCCGCCAAGGGGCUACCUGUCCUCAAGUACCACCUGCUGCCGCGGACCAAGGGCUUUACCACCGCGGUCCAGUGCCUCCGGGGGACAGUUGCAGCUGUCUAUGAUGUAACCCUGAACUUCAGAGGAAACAAGAACCCAUCCCUGCUGGGGAUCCUCUAUGGGAAGAAGUAUGAGGCAGACAUGUGUGUGAGGAGAUUUCCUCUGGAAGAGAUCCCACUGGAUGAGAAGGAAGCAGCUCAAUGGCUUCAUAAACUAUACCAGGAGAAGGAUGCACUGCAGGACAUGUACAACCAGAAGGGCGUGUUUCCAGGGGAGCAAUUUAAGCCUGCCAGGAGGCCAUGGACCCUCCUGAACUUCCUCUUUUGGGCCACGCUUCUCCUCUCCCCUCUCUUCAGUUUUGUCUUGGGUGUCUUUGCAAGUGGAUCCCCCCUCCUGAUCCUGAUGUUCUUAGGGUUUGUGGGAGCAGCUUCCUUUGGAGUUCGCAGACUGAUAGGAGUAACUGAAAUAGAAAAAGGCUCCAGCUACGGGAACCAAGAAGUUAAGAAAAAGGAAUAACUCAUGGCUGUGAUUGAACACACAUAACCUGACGGUGAUAUCCAAUUAACUCAAUUAAAAACAGAACAACACACACAGAGCGGAGGAAAAAAAGACACUUAGAAACUAUUUUUCUUAUUAACUGGUGACUAAUAUUAACAAAUAAAACUUGAGCCAAGAGAAAAGAACUCAGAAGGCCUGCCAGACGAAGACGGUCCGCUUCCGGCCACCAGGGUCCCAGCCCGUCCCCAAGGGGCGCGCGCUGAUGCAGACGGGUCCUGGGUGAGCCUGUCGCACGCAGAUGCCCUCCUCGAGAAUUCCACUUCCAAGAAGGAGCCUUCGGCUGCUUUCUCUCCUUAAACUUAGAUUGAGAUUUUUAUUUAUCAGUUAUUUUGGGAACUUAACCUGGCCCCUCCCCUCUUCCCCUGCACCCUCAAAAAACUCCCUUGAUGAAUUUCUGCUGUCCCCCUGGGAACCUACUGCCAGGUCCCAGCCCCCCAGGGAGCUCGCACAGCCGCUCUGCUUGGCUCCGCACCUUGGCUUCUAGAGGGAGCGGGGGCACCGUGGAGAGCCUUCUCCUAGUGAUAAGCACACACUGAAUGUAAGCCAGGUGGAUUCAUGGCAGAUCUGAUGGAUCACUCUGCCCUCUACUGGGGCUGGCUGAAGGUGAAGGCCCCCUUCUAUUUUCUAGAGCACUCUUUGCCCUCAUUCCCAUUAACUCUGUGUGUAAAUACCUUGCAUCUGUUUUUAAAGCAAAUGGACCCCUGAGGACUCGGUGAGAUGUAGAGUUCUCUGUGUCCCUAAAGCUCCUCUGUCCCUCUUGUGGCUGUCAGACUCCAGUCCCUCAGCACUGGGUGCUGGGAGGGAAGCCACACGGGUCCACCACCCUUCCCCCCAGCAGAUCAGGAGCCCAGGAGGGAGGCUGGGCAGCCUACAGGACUCUCUAGGAUGCUUUCUAAGAAGUGACAGCACCAUCAAACCUCUCUCUCAAAGGUCACUGGAGACUGUUAACACUGAGCUCAUUGGCUUUUAGAGAUUUUAUUUUACUAGCUGAUCUCUUGAUGGUUCUU